AUGUUUUCCCCGCUUCUCCCCGUCAUUGCCCCCCCUACUCACCCUCCUUUGGCCUCCGUGCUUCCGCUCAUUUCCCCCUCUUCUCCCUCAGUUCCCUCCCUUCACCCCCACGUUCCCCCCAUUCUUCCUCUGAUUUCCCCCCCUCCACCCUCACAUUACCCCCCUUUCUCCCCCUCAAUGACCCCCGCCUUCACACCCCCAUUUCCCCCUGAAUUCAAGGCAUCCAACCCCCCCCCCCCCCAUCCUCUGACCCCACUCGCCCUCAUUUUACCCCCUUCUCCUCCUCAUUUCAGCACAUUUCCCCACCUUCUCGCUCUCAUGAGUGGCGUUGUCCUCCCCCUCCUGUUGCUCCCCAUCAUCCCUCUCAUCACCCCCUCUUCGCACCCGCAUUUCCCCCCCUUCUCGCACUCAAAUCCCCCCUUUCUCCGUCUCGUCUACCCCCCUUCUCCCAAUCAUUUCCUCCUUUUCUCUCUCUCAUUACCCCCCCUUGCCCCCUCUCACUCCCCCCAGCACCCCUCCUCCCCUCACCAUCAUUUCCCCCCUUGCUCGCACUCAUUUUCACCCCUUCGCCCUCUCAUUACCCCCCCAUUCCCCCAUUCUCGCUCUCAACCCCCCCUUUCCUCCCCUUCCCCUCUUCUCUCUAUCAUUUCCACGCUUCUCCCCCUCAUUACCUCCCUUGCUCCAUCUCAUCCGCCCCUCCCCUUCAUUUCGCCCCCUUCUCCUUCUCACUUCCCCCUUUUCCCCGCCAUUCCUCCCCCUACUCCCUCUCAGUUCCCCCCCCUUCCCCCUCUCACAAUUCCCCCUUCUCGCUCUGAAAUCCCUCUUUUCUCCCUCUCCUCCCCUCCCCCCUCCCUCUUCUCCCUAUCAUUUCCCCGCUUCUAUCCCUCAGUGCCUCCCUCGCUCCAUCUCAAUAACCCCCUUGCGUCCUCUCAGUUCCCCCCCCCCCCUUCUCACCCUCAUUUUAUCCCCUUUGCCCUCUCAUUUCAGAUCCUGCUCCCACGCAUUUUCCCCCCUUCUCACUUCGAUUCCCCCCUUCUCCCUCUUAUCCCUCCCUUCUCCCCCUCAUACAACAACAUUUCUGCCAUCUCAUCACCCCCUCUUCGCCACCUCAUUUCCCCCCCAUUUAUCCCCCUUCUCCCUCUCUCCCCCCCCCCCCCUCGCCUUCCCCUACUCAAAUCCCCCCCUUCUCGCUCUCAGAUCCCCCUUUCUUCCCUUUCCCCUCUACUCUCUAUCAUUUCCACGCUUCUCCCCCUCAUUUCCUCCCCCGCGCCAUCUCAAUUCCCCCGUGGACCACACGUCUCUUACCCCACUCAUCCUUAUCUUUCCCUGCCAGGCGCUCAUACCAGCAGCCCUGCGCUCAUACCAGCAGCCCUGUACAUGCUAGUGGCGGGAACAUGUGAGGGAAUGAGGAACGUGGGGCAGGUGGACGACUGGGGCAGUGGUGAGCUCGUGGCUCUGCACUCCCCUCUUGUGCUCAUGGACCUCUGUCUCGCUGCGUGGCUCGUCCCGACCGCUCGUGCUACGGAGGCGCAGGGAGCAAUGAGGCGCCGUGUGCUAGCAGGGCUAAAGGAGGUGGGGCAGGCGGUGCUCCCAACGUGGAGGAGGUGCCUGGGCAG